AUGUCCAUCGAAGAAAUCCCACAAGGUGCUGAAGUUACUAUUAUUCCAAAGGCAGAAAAGAAGGCUAAGGAUGCAUUAUUAAAGCUAGGUUUAAAGCCACUGAAGGAUAUCAGUAGAGUCACCUUUAGAAAGAAGAACAACACCAUCUUGGCAAUUGAAAAGCCAGAGGUUUACAGAACCCAAGGUGGCUCAUACGUUGUCUUUGGUGAAGCAAAGGUCGAGGACUUGACCAAGAGAUACCAAGAAGCAAUGGCUGCACAAGAAGCUGCAAAGGAAGUCAACAAUGCCGCCAAUGCUCCAAAGGAAGAUGACUUGGCUACCUCCAUCCAAAAGGAUCUAGCUGCUGCAUCCUUAGAAGAUAAGAAGGCAGAAGCAGAAGACGAUGGCGAGGAAGUCGAUGCUACUGGUUUGGAAGAGUCCGACAUCACUGUUGUCAUGGAACAGACAAACACCACCAGAAACAAGGCCGUCAAGGCCUUGAAGGAAAACAAGGGUGAUAUUGUUAACGCCAUCAUGUCUCUUUCCUAA